AUGCCUCAUACUUCACAGUUAAGCAGCAGUGGACUGGAUAGCAGACCUGAUCGAAAUGAGGCACUAAAUCGAAAUCAGAACCAUUUGAAAUGCCUGUAUAAGACGUGUGUUUACUCCAUGGUUGGUUUUGAGACUGACCAUGAGAGACUCCAGCAUUAUUUCAGUGUACAUCAGGUCAAGAGAUGGUUUAGCUGCUUCAAGUGCGAUUAUUCAUCUCCUUAUAGAGCCAAUGUUGAGCGUCACACCAAUGUACACAAAAUUCCUAUGUACCAGUUUUCAUGGAAAGCAGAGCUGGGAACCAGCUAUUUAUAUCCUUUGCACGAAUCCAAUUUAAUUCAGCCAACAUACAAGUCAGUUCCACUCAAUAGCUAUAAAGCAAGUUACGUGAAUAAAAGUUCUUUUGUUCCUGGUUUUGGUGACAAUGGGAUAUUUGUCACGUAUAUUGGUGAUUAUAUCAACUUGAAUGAUCGAUGUAAUUCAACUAGAGAACCAUUACCCAUAUACAUUGGUAAGAAUGAUGAUUCAAAUGAUUUGUUUUUAAUUUAUGCAGGCAAUAGUUUAAAACAAAUAGGGUCUCUUCGAAUUUAUCGUGGUAAUGAUCAUCUUGCUAGUUUUGAUCAAUGUGUUACUAAUUAUGCUGGGAGCUACAAUAAUAUUGCUCCAAAUAUUGCUCCAAAUAUCACUCCCAAUAUUGAUAUUGAGGGUGGCCACUGUAACAGCUGCAAUGGAAAUAAUGGAAGUAAAAUCUCUGGUAAUGAUAAGAGAUUGCCUGGAAUACGAGAGUUAUUUACGGAUGCUGAACUAGGGAUUUUCAUAUGA